GAUGAGCUGGAGUACGUCUUCGGCAAGAUCCCGGGACUUCCUUCCAAGGCCCACGUUGGGUUGUCAACGUUGGCCAUGGGAGACCUUAACGCUUGCGAGUACGCCCAGGCCAGUCACCUCGGUGUGUUGUACCAGGGGCAGGUCUUUGCCUCGUCUGAGCUGUUGUCUUUAGCUGCACCAGUGCCGCGGGGACCGUGCAUGGUUGGAGUCAUCAUUGACGACCUCAUUGUUCUCGAAAGGCUGGUUACCUCUUCUUCUUCUUCAGGACUCGCAGCUGAGACUGAGGCCGAUGUGCGCAUGUCUCGUGCCGAUGCGGCUUACGAUCAGGCCAAGUUGCUUACGAACCCGGCCAAGGGCUUUCAGAACGAGGCCACUUCAAAGUUUUGGGGGAUUGAGCUGGAUGGCGACCGGGCUAUUGUUCGGCCUUCGCGCACCAGGCUGUGGCCCGUCAUCGCCGUGUCGGUUCGGGUGGCUCUCCUGGGCGUUACAACCGUUGGGCUCUUGAAGGCCCUUUGCGGAUCUUGGACAUCGCUGGCCCUACUCAGGCGCAGGAUCCUGGCCAUGAUGAGCCUCCUCUUCGCUGCUGCCGACAGCGGGGAGCCUGCUGACAUCGUCCGCCUUUCCCCGGAGCUUAAGAGCGAGCUGCUGGCGCUAGCAAGCUUAGGUCCUGUGAUUGCCGUCGACCUCCGCGCCGAGCCCGCCGACUUCAUCUCUGCGACUGACGCUUCAACUUGGGGAGGCGCGGGUGUAAGGGCCAAGGUUCCGAGGAAUAUGGUGCUUGAGUUUUGCCGUCACUCCCUCUACAAGGGCACUUGGACGCAUCUUUUACCCCCAGGGCAUGCAUGGCUUCGGGAACAUGACCAGCUUUUGCCUUCUGAAGAGCUCCCGGGGGAAGGCCACUUCGAGCCUAAUCUGUUGGCCAGUCUCCUUGCCACUCGGCUGCCUUAUGUUGAGCGAUGGCGGAGGAAGUAUCAUGGGCCCGAACAUAUCAACUGCAAAGAAGUCCGAGCUUACCUUCAGGACGAAUCCUAUGCUGCUCGAUCAGGCGAGCGCAUUCGGCUUUUGACGGGCCUUGACUCUCAGGUUUCGCUUGGAGCAUUGAUCAAAGGGAGAUCAUCGUCAGGUGCCUUGAACGACAUGUUGGAGGCAUCUCUCGGCCCGUACCUCGGAUGUGGGCUGUACCCCCACUUCAUGUAUUUCCUCAGCGAGCUGAACCCUAGCGACGGUCCUACUCGAGGACGUGACCCACCUUUACCUCUCGGGCCUCUUCCUGACUGGUGGUCUCAACUCGCUGAUGGCUUGACUGAGCCUUUCGAUGCGUGGAUGCUUAAGGUUGGUGCAGCUCGUCCCGGGUUUUCCUUUGAACAUUUGGACCGCGACGGCGGCCUGGGCGCUGCGACUCCCAAGCCCCUUCAUGCCGAAGUUUUUCGGGUCGAAGCUACCCCGCUGGCUCCCGAGGUUGAUGGAGGCUCUUGCUGCCUUAGGCUUGGCGGCUUCUCUUUCCCUCUUCGGCAGUUUAAGUUCGGUGGCUUGGCCCCUGACCUCGGCGAGCCGGGCUACCUUGACCUCUUCGCUGGCGCUGGAGGAGUUGGCAGUGCGCUGGUGAAGCUUGGCGCUCCUUGGGUCCUCUCUUUUGACCUGAGGUGGAGCCCUGACCAAGACCUCCUGGACCCAGCUGUGCAAGCUCGGAUUGAGACCUUGAUUUCAUCUGGAUGUUUUCGGGCGAUUGGCAUGGCUCCUCCGUGCAGCUCCUUCUCAAGCGCUGUGACGCCUGCUGUCCGAAGCUGUCGUUUCCCCAAGGGCCUUCCCUGGCUUAAGGGUGAGAUGAGAAAGAAGGCGGCGGAGGGGAAUGAGCUCGCGGCGUGGUGCCUCAAGUUGCUGGAGCUGUGUGAGCGCUCUAAGGUUGGCUGGUGGCUGGAACAGCCGGAUACGUCUUGGAUGUGGCGGCUGCCUGGCUUCAAGCGGUUUCGGCCUCCUUCGUCUACGUCGACGUGGCGGGUGGACUUCUGCUACUUUGGGACUCCUUGGCGCAAGCGGACUAAGAUUGCCUGCUCGAAUGAACUGUCGGGCCGGCGACUCUUUUGCCGAUGCCUGGUGCCGCAUGUUCUUCUACGCGGUCGCUGCCCCUACUCUGGCGUGGCGAGGACAGCUGUGGCUCAGCCCUACCCCAAGGCGUUCGCUACAGCUCUGGCUCAUGGAAUCGCUCGGGAAGCUGGAUGGUGCGACUCGCGGCGCAGUUUGGACAUUCCUGGUUGCGCAAGGUGCUCGCAUUUUCGCAUUGGGGAGGCCUCCCAUCCUGGCCCUCGACGAGCUCGUCGUCCUCGAGAAGGAGACCUGGAGUUCAAGCCGGUGCAGAGUGCCGCAACGCUGUACUACGAGGCCAAGCUUUGGGAGGACUUCGUCCGGUGGUGCUCCUGUCUCUCCGACUGUCUGCUCGUCUUCUCUCUCUGUCCAGUCUUAGCUGCCAUGGCCCUCCGCGCCUACGGAAACUUCUGCUACGGUGCGGGGAAAACUCUUUCGGGGUUCAGGCACACGAUCAUCGCUGCUCAGCGCCGGUUGUUGGGCUGCAAGCCUUUUCUGCAGCUGGCCUGGGAGAUGGUUUCUCGGUGGGAAGCUUUGGAACCUCCUGUGCACCGUUGCCCUGUGCCUGAGCCUCUGGUUAAAGCUAUGGUCUUUCUGGCCAACGCGUGGGGCAUGGAGCGAUGGGCUGCCAUAGCCCUUCUCUCCUUCUACGGACUGGCUCGUGUCGGCGAAGUACUCAGGUGCAAGAGAAGUGACUUGCUUUUUCCUGCCGAUUUGCUGGACAAGGACGUCGGGGGGAUUUUUCUUAACUUCAGGGUUUCAAAGACCGCAGCGCGCGGUCGGCCGAAGGUGCAGCACACGAAGAUCACAGACUCGAGCGCCCGAGCCUGGCUGACUCACUUACUGCAGUCACUGCCUCAGAGUGAGCCUUUGUGGCCUGGCUCACCAGGCUCUUUUCGCUACAGGUGGGAUCUGCUUUUGCGCUGGCUUGAUGUGCCUCGAGUGCUGUCGUUAACCCCUGGCGGGUUAAGGGGAGGUGGCGCUGUGCAGCGCUAUCGCGCUGGCAUGUCGCCCACUGAUCUUCAGUGGCUCAUGCGCCUCAAAAAUUUUGGGACGUUAGAGCACUACUUACAAGAACUGGCCGCGGUUUCUGCCCUUACGGACGUUUCAGCCACGGGGCGGAGCCGCAUCCAGACGGGCGCUGCUCUUUACGACCUGCUCGGACUUUCGGACUGCCGCCUUGUGCGGCGACAGCAGUGGAAGAAGAAGAAGCAGCUUUUCAGCUGCCUCGUCUGCUCUUUAAGGGUCUACGACGGCGGGCGGCAGGUGGUGAACUCCUUGUGUGACCGCCUGGAAUUCUAUGCUUUUGCGGCCGGGGAUAUCAUCAUUCGCCAGGGGGAGCAGGGGGACCACCUCUUCAUUACGGAGGCGGGGGACCUGGAGGUGUCCAUCGAUGGCAAAGUGAUCAAUUCGAUGGGCCCAGGUGAUGCCUUCGGAUGCAUGGCGCUGCUGUAUAACGUUCCGCGUUCCGCCACGGUGACAGCCAAAGAGGAUGCUGGCCUGUGGCUCUUAGGCGGCAGCUACUUUCGCAAACUCGUGCGCGAGCACUCCGAAAAGACCCAGAAGGAAAACCUGCGGCUUCUCGAGCAAGUGCACGUUCUGGAUGGACUGUCCAACGCGCAGAAGUCGCACGUGGGAUCUGUAGCGCUGCUCAACGAAACCUUCACAGCAGGGUCGGUGGUGGCGGAGUCCGGGGAGGAGUGCAAGCGGCUGUGGGUUGUGAAGAGGGGCACCCUCAGCGUCGUGGAUGGCGGGGAGCGGAUUGGCAAGAAGCUGUCCGGGGGCGACAAGGUCCGCGAGGUGGGUGCAGGCGGCUGCUUUGGCGAGCAGUAUCUCAAGAUCGAUGCCUCCAAGAGGAUCGAGGUAAACCUAGUUGCUGCAACUGACUGCGAUGUGGUCUGCGUGCUGAUCGACAAGCUGGCAUCUCUUCUAGGUGAGGGGGAUGUGGCCCAGCUGCUUGAAAGGGCAUACGCGACCGAGCUGCAGAGCACGGCUUCACCAAACCA